AUGGCUCAUGGUGCCAAGGAGCAUCUGAAGCACGUAGCAGCUCCUAAGCAUUGGAUGAUGGAUAAAAUGACUGAUAUGUUUACUCCUCAGCCAUCUACCGGUCCUUACAAACUGAGAGAAUGUCUCCCUCUCAUCAUUUUCUUAAGGAACAGACUUAAGUAUGCCCUAACAGGAGAUGAAGUAAAGAAGAUCUGCAUGCAGCGGUUCUUUAAGAUUGAUGGCAAGGUCCGAACUGAUAUAACCUACCCUGCUGGCUUUAUGGAUGUGGUCAGCAUUGACAAGACCGUAGAGAAUUUCCAUCUGAUCUCUGACACCAAGGGUCGCUUUGUUGUUCAUUGUAUUGCACCUGAGGAAGCCAAGUACAAGCUGUGCAAAGUGAGGAAGAUCUUCGUGGGCACAAAAGGAAUCCCUCACCUGGUGAGCCAUGAUGCCUGCACCAUCCGUUACCCUGAUCUCCUCAUCAAGGUCAGCGACACCAUUGAGAUUGGUUUGGAGACAUGCAAAAUUACUGAUUUAAAGUUUGACACUGGUAACCUGUGUAUGGUGACCAGAGGUGCUAACCUCGGAAGAAUUGGUGUGAUAACCAACAGAGAGAGACAUCCUGGUUCUUUUGAUGUAGUUCAUGUGAAAGAUGCCAAUGGCAACGGCUUUGCCACCUGGCUCUCCAACAUUUUUGUUAUUGGCGAAGGUAAUGAACCAUGGAUUUCUGUUCCCUGUGGAAAGGGUAUCUGCCUCACCAUUGCUGAAGAGAGAGACAAAAGACUGGUGGCUGAACAAAGGAGUGGGUGA